AAAAAAGAAAAACAACAACCGUUAAACUAAACUCGUUAGUUACUGUUGAAGCCCGAGCCGAGACGGCAGGAGAGACCAAUUGUACCGACGGACAAACAAAACAAUUUUACCUUACCAGUGGUUGACUUCAAAGACACAGAAAGAGAGAGAGAGAAAGCAGACAGAGACCAACACAGAAACAAAGAAACUACCUCCUAUCAACCUUUAGGAAUUAGGAUCCUUCUCUCCCUUGCGUUUACGCUAAUUCCGAGGCAUGUUUUUGCUUUUCAUAUUCACCUUCAACCUUAAUAAUAUUUGUACUUUUAUUACUUUAAAAUUUCUCUUUUGUCUCCUUGAGUAAGAACUUCAUUUUUUUUUCUUUUUUUUUUGAGAGAAAGAGAGAAUAAGGGAAAGAGGUUGUUGUUGAGGUGGGCAAAUCCGUGGAAUUCUGGGGUUUGACCAACAUUUCGUGGUGACCCAGGAUUUCAUGGAUUGAGAGAAAUAACAAUACUAUGGGGAGUUAUUUUGAAGAAGAAGAGGAUCAAUUCUUUGAUAGCCGUGAGGAGAUUUCUUCUGCAUCUGAUUGCAGUUCUGUUUGUUCUGAGGAAUGUGGUUCUAGUGCUGGUUUUGACCUAGUCAACGAUUUUUUGGACAGUUUUGAUCAGUACAAGUUCUGGUCUAUGUUCCCAGAAAGUGCUGAUAAGCGUCGUCAUAAAUUCCGAAAAUGGAUGGGUCUAAGUUUAGGUCGGAAUUCAGUUACCGGAGAAGAUCCCGGCGGUUGCUGCAGGGAUGAACUAGAAUUGGGUAUUUAUAGAAUUUCACAAGAUAGUAGGGCAGUGUUGAGGACUUCAGGUCUUGAAGAUGGGAUUUCAACCAACCGGUCCUUUGUAUCUUUUCGGUCCACUGAUGCUCCAGAACCAGCUGAAAAUCUUUCAACAGAGGAUCAUUUUGCACAUCAAGCCAAGAAUUUGGAUGGUCAAAUGGAAUUGGUUGUGGUUGCACAGGGUCAGAAUGGAAUAAACAGCUGGUUACAAGCGAGGGGUUCAAGUAAAUCUGUUAGUUCUGAAGAGUUCGAGAGAACCCCUAUGCCAUUUCCUUUGGUUGAUCUGCGGUUGCAUGGAGAAAUUGAGGGAAGGCCUGCGAUAGAUGUGAAAAGCAAAGUGAAAAAGAGUUGGUUAGGGAAAUUAGGUGCCAUUGCACAUAUUGUUGAUAAACAUGUUGAAGUUGCAUCAAAACAUGGUAAUCGCAACUCAGCAUCAGGGGAAAGGAUGAAAAGAGUCAGAGUUGAUUCAUGUAGCAAGCAUUCCAAGGAGUUGUCUUCUCUUUUUUGUGGGCAAGAAUUUGUAGCCCAUGAAGGGUCCAUCUUGACAAUGAAGUUCAGUCUGGAUGGACAAUUUCUGGCAACUGCAGGUGAAGAUUGUGUUGUGCGUGUAUGGAAGAUUGUUGAGGAUGAGAGUUUAGACAAAUUUGACAUCCAAGACCUUGAUUCUUCAUGUCUCUACUUCAGAAUGAAUCAUCUUUCCCAGCUGAUUCCUCUCAAUGUGGAUAAAAAAAAUAUAGAUAAAAUUAAGAGGUUAAGGAGAUCAGCAGAUACAAGUUGUGUCAUUUUCCCACCCAAGGUCUUCCGAAUUUUGGAGAAGCCUGUGCAUGAAUUUCAGGGGCACGGCAGGGAAAUUUUGUCUCUUUCAUGGUCUAAGAAAGGGUUUCUUCUGUCAUCCUCUAUUGACAAGACUGUUCGUCUAUGGCAAGUGGGAUACGAUAGAUGCUUGAGGGUUUUUUCUCAUAACAAUUAUGUUACUUCUGUUGCCUUCAACCCUGUGGAUGAUAACUAUUUCAUCAGUGGCUCAAUCGAUGGAAAAGUUCGCAUUUGGGAAGUGCGUCAUUGUCGAGUUAUUGAUUAUACUGAUAUAAGGGAUAUAGUCAGUGCUGUGUGUUAUUGCCCUGAUGGAAAGGGAGGAAUAGUUGGCUCCAUGACUGGCAACUGCCACUUUUAUGAUAUCAUAGGUAAUCGACUUAAACUCGAUGCACCAAUACACUUCCGAGGCAAAAAAAAGUUACCUGGGAAAAGGAUAACUGGCUUUGAGUUCUCUCCCAAUGACCCAAGCAAAGUGAUCAUUACUUCAGCUGAUUCAAAUGUCCAUGUCUUGUCUGGAAGAGAUGUCAUAUGCAAUCUAAAGGCAUCAGGCUUUCGAACUGCGAGAAGUCAGAUUUCUGCAACUUUUAGCCAAGAUGGGAAACAGAUCAUUUCAGCUAGCCAGGAUUCUAAUGUCUACAUCUGGAAUUACAGUAAUCGGGAGAAGAACUAUUCCAAAGUGAAGAAUAUCUCAUCUUGCGAGAGUUUCCUCUCCCACAAUGUAUCAGUUGCUAUACCUUGGUGUGGCAUUGAAACCAUUCGUGGAACACUUACAUCCCCAGAAUUCACCAGGGAUGUGCGGAGAAAUGGCCUCGAAAAUGGGCAGAAACAUCAAAAUACUAAGGUAGAGCUGGAACCAUUGAUGCCCCAUUCUUCGCCAGAUUGUUUCUCUCUGACACGUGUUCUCUUGGAGUCUUUGACAAGGGGUCCUCCAACUUGGCCUGAAGAGACAUUUCCCAAUGCGAGUCCGGCAACGAUUGCAUCUGACAUGUGCAAAUUCGAAUUAAAGGUUUUGAAGAGUGCUUACCAAAGCAUGUUAAGUUCUCACAAGUGGGGUCUUGUGAUUGUUUCUGCAAGCUGGGAUGGACGCAUUCGAACUUACCUCAAUUAUGGGUUACCUAUUCGAUUAUAAGACCCCUCCAAAGAUUCAGCAAACUUACCAGGUGCUGUUCCUUCGGCCGUUUAGCACCUCAAAGACAGCUAGUCUCGUUGCUUACUUGCAACAAGCUUAGGUUCAUGUGGUCCUCCCUGCAUGUGGUCUGGACCCAUCUUAGAUUUUGAAGUGUAUUAUAUAUAGUCGUAGCCUAUCAGUUCAUGCCAAACAUUUGGGUGAAAUCCAGUCAGGUCCCAACAAAUGGCUGGGAUUUAAUUUUGUUAUUGGAUCACACCAUAUAGAUGUCAAAUUUAGAUACUGAUUCUUUGAUUUGUUUCAGGGGCUGUGAGCUCUAAAUUAUGUGCUAAUGGGCCCUUUUCUCUAUUUAUAUAAUUGUAUCUAACAGUGUUGGAGAUUUUUCGAAAAUUUUUUUAGUCAGAGACAGUGCAACCUCGAAUUUCAUGUUCCCGUUACUGCAAUUUAUUAUUGUUAUAAACAGGCUUAGUACGAAAGUUCAGUAUAAACUUUCUCAUUCUUUCCUCAGUCGCUUCUCGACAUCAAUACGUUUCGAUAAAAUCACAUUGU